GUGCGCUUUAUCAAGCGCCUUCCCGCGCGGCAGCCUCCCCAGUCUGUCUGCUCCUCGGCGGUAGCUGUCCUUUUGGCCCUUUUACGCAUUAAUUUCCAGGACUCGAAUUCACUGCCAUGUCCUCUGAAGAGGGGAAGCUCUUCGUGGGAGGGCUCAACUUCAACACCGAUGAGCAGGCUCUGGAAGACCACUUCAGCAGCUUUGGGCCUAUUUCUGAGGUGGUCGUUGUCAAGGACCGGGAGACUCAGCGAUCCCGGGGUUUUGGCUUCAUCACCUUCACCAAUCCAGAGCAUGCCUCAGAUGCCAUGAGAGCCAUGAAUGGAGAGUCCCUGGAUGGUCGCCAGAUCCGUGUGGACCAUGCAGGCAAGUCGGCCCGCGGAACCAGAGGGGGUGCCUUUGGGGCCCAUGGGCGUGGUCGCGGCUACUCCAGAGGUGGUGGGGACCAGGGCUAUGGGAGUGGCAGAUAUGACAGUCGACCUGGAGGAUAUGGCUAUGGCUAUGGAAGGUCCCGAGACUAUGGUGGCAGAAACCAGGGUGGUUAUGACCGCUACUCAGGAGGAAAUUACAGAGACAAUUACGACAACUGAGAUGAGGCAUGCACACCUAAUUGUAGAUACCCAAGGAAUAAAACUUCUGAUCCAGGAUCGUCCUUCCAAAUGGCUGUAUUUAUAAAAAUUUUUGGAGCUGCACUGAAACAGCUGUUAUAGUACAUCAACUUCUGUUUUUGAAUUGAGCUCCCAAGGUGGCUUGUUAAAGACCUUUUAGAAAGCUCCAUGUGUUUUUUACAAUUUUUCUCCCAUUUAAAGACAAAUUCUGGAAUAUUUGUAGAAUCUGGAUGUUUUUCCUUUUACCGGUUUUUUAGUUUUGGGCUCUCAGGAUUAUUGUUCUGGCAAAAAAUGUUUGGCCAGACUGAUUUUUAAAAAAAAUAAUAAUGUGCGUUUAGGGACAUUUUAAAAACCUGUACACAAUGUUUAUCAUGGUUAGGAAGCAAUUUCUGAAUGUAACUAUAAGAGAUGAACAUGAUACUUAGAUGUGUUUUUUACUCAAGAUCACUGCCCUGAUUAUAUAGAAGUUUCUUAAAACUAUUUGUGAAUGUCAUUUUUUUUUAAUACUGGAAGAAAAAAA